UGUAUGACCGGAAGUACCGGCUCGCUCAGUAGCGAGCCCCUUUUAUUGUGAAAGGUUUGACCGGAAGUCUGUCCAUGUUACCGGUAGCUUCCCGCGGUGGUUGUCGGUCGGUCAGCCGCUCCGGUAUUCUCAGUGAUGUCGGCGGGUUAACGGUGGACUGAGCGGGGCUGCGUGUUCAUGGAGGAGCCGUGAAGGAGGACCGGAGACACCGGAGAGGACCGGAGACACCGGAGAGGACCGGAGACACCGGAGAGACCGGAGGACCUCCCGCGGGAGGAAACUUCAUCACAACUUUACCGUCAGCUUCAGGUGCUGCACUGUGAUGCGGAGUGAUGGAGAAGGCGGAGCACAGCCGCUACGUCACCCAGUUAAAGGCGGAAUUCGACAGCUGUGACACGACGGCCACCGGCUUCCUGGACCGAGACGAGCUGACGGUGCUCUGCCAAAAACUACACCUGGACGCUCACCUGCCACUGCUGCUGGACACCCUGCUGGGAGAGCGCACCUACGCCAGGGUGAACUUUGAGGAGUUCAAGGAAGGCUUCGUGGCCGUCCUGUCCCGCUCUCUGGACUUCAGCACAUCAGAGGAUGACAGCAGCUACCUGGAGCCAGUUGUUCCAGACGAGGUGAAGCCAAAGUUUGUGAAGGGAACGAAGCGUUACGGCCGUCGCUCCCGUCCCGACAAUCAGCCGGACACCGCUGACUCUGAGGACUCGCCACCGUCCAGAACCAAAGCUACGGACUUGUCACCGCCCGGCGUCCGAAGAGCCAAACUGAGACGAUCAACAUCUCUGGAGAGCGUCGAGAGCCUGAAGUCUGAUGAGGAGGCAGGAAGUCCGAAGGAGAAAAUUCAGCCAGACUUUCAAUCUAAAGGGCCUCAGCAGGAGCAGGUGGAGCUGGGGGUCGUUGAUGGAGGAGGUGGAGGUGUCCUGUGUGAUCACCUGAGUCUGCAGCAGGAAGUGGACGAGCAGGACAGAGCUGGCAUCGGGGAGCUCCAGAAGGUCCUCUGUGGCUCCGCCCCCAUCUCCUGCUCCACACCUGUACGAUCAGCUGACCUGCAGAGGGCGCCGUACCGGUCUCCGGCGGCGUUGUCCACCUCGCCCUCCCUGCUGACGGCCACGGUGGGUCAGAGAGUCCUCAGCCGGCUGGACGACGGGUCAGGAUGUACGAGCCCCGAGCGGGUCAUCGCCCUCUGGACCGAGGAGGGCAUCAGGAACAGCCGGGACAUCCUGCAGGCUCUGGACUUCCCUCUGGAGGAGCGUCUCAGCCUGGCCGACCUCACUCUGGCUCUGGACAACGAGCUGCUGGUCAGCGGCAGCGGCAUCCAGCAGGCGGCGCUCAUCUCCUACAAGAACGAGAUCCAACACCUGCUGGUGCUGGCCGAGCAGGCCUGCAGGGAGCGGGACAAGGUGAAGGUGGACCUGGACCUGGCCGAUCAGAGGAACCUGCAGCUGGUCCGGGAAGUGGACGACCGGCAAACCAGCUUGGAGACCUUGAACCAGAGCAGGCUGAGGGACCUGGAGCAGGACUUCCGUGAUAGGCUGACAGCUCUGCGCGGUCAGUCGGAGCAGGAGAGCGAGGCGCUGCUGCAGCAGGCGGAGAGAGAGCGCGGCGAGCUGCAUGGCGAGCUACACCUGCUGAGGGCGCAGGAGGCGGAGCUACAGGAGGAGCUCUGCAGCGCUACACAGGAGAACCGUCGUCUGGAGGACGAGCUCAGUGCGCUGAAGCUGAAGCUGAACGACGCCGAAGGUUCUGUGACCCGACUGCAGAGAGACCUGGACCAGCUGCUGCACGACAAGUUCGGCAGUUUGGACCCGGCCGCCGCCGGUCUGAGUCACGAGGAGCGACUCGCCACGAUCGCCAAAGAGUACGAGCUGCAGUGUCGGGAGCUGCGGGACAGAAACGAUGAGCUGAGCUCAGAGUUAGAGCUGCUGAAGAGUCAGAGGAGCGACAGGAAGUCCGGACACUCUGCAGGAAAUGACAUCAUCAACGACGAUGCUCUGAACUGGAAUGAACGAACGGACAGCGCCGAGUCAGACUGUGAAGAGUCGGACAUGAAGCGCAGCUCGUCUCCUCGAGUAAAGAAGAAACUUCAGCCGGCUGAUAAAUCUGCUCUGUAUUCAUUGGACGCCGUCAGUAUUCAGACUGAACUUGCUCUGCAGCAGCUGGAACAGAAACACAAAGACGAGCUGCAGCAGCUCAACGUCCAGCUGGAGACACAGGUGAAUUACUAUGAGCGCAGUCUGGAUCUGAUGAAGCAGAGUAUGGAGGUUGAGCGUAAAGACAUCUCUCAGGCCUUCAAGCUGGAGAUCAGCGAGCUGGAGGAGCAGAAAGCUCAGGUGGAGCAGGAGGUGAAGCAGCUGAAGGAGACGCUCAAACUGCAGACUCAGGUCCAACAUGGAGGAGGAGGGUGGAGCCACGAGCAGGAGCGCAGGAUGCAGCGGGAGCGGGCCGAGCUGGAGCAGAACUUUGCCAGAGAGAUCGGUAACCUGGUCCAGAGACUGAGCGCGGAGAAGGACCAGCUGGAGGCGGAGCUAAAGCUCAAGAUGGACCAAGAAGUGAUGCUGGUCAGGGAGGGGGCGGAGCAGCAGCUCGCCGUGGCUCAGCGCCGCCUCCUCCAGCAGCUCCACUGCGAGCGCCAGAGGCUGCAGGAGCAGAGAGUAUUCUGGGAGAACAGGCUCGCCCAAUCAGAGCAGGAGCACAAGGAGGAGGUCCAUCAGCUGAAGGAGCAGAUCGGCCAAUCGGAGGCCAGCUUACAGGAGCUGAUGGAGAGCCGCGCUCGGUUGGAGGACGACCUGGAAGCGUCUGGCGGGCGCUGCUCGGAGCUGGAGGCCCGGCUGGAGGAGGCCUGCGCCCAGCUGGAGGAGAGCAUCGCCUUCCUGGAGUCUCACGACGUUCUGAACAAACGCCUCGCCUCGGAGAAGAGCUCCGCUGAGGAGGAGCUGCAGCGGGUCAGAACCAGAGAGGAGCAGCUCCUGCUUCAGGUGACCCAGCUGAAGGAGGAGCUGGGGAGCCUCCAGGCCUCCUCGGACAGCAUCCUGCAGGACCGGGAGGUGGUGGCCGAUAACUGCACCCGCCUCUCCGACGCCUUCGUCCAUCAGCAGGAGCAGCUCCGAGCCCGGGAGCAGAGUGCCGCCGCCCUCCGGGCCGAGCUGGAGGGUCUGCAGGAGGCGGCGAGGAGCAAAGCCGAGGGCGUCUGCAGGCUGACAGCUGAACUGGACUCCCUGAAGACCGACCGAGACCGGCUGAUCCAGGACCUGAAGGAGCAGGCCAUGGCGGUGGACACGCUGCAGCUGGAGCUGGAUGGCGUCUCUGAGGAGUUGGACAGGAAGAGGAGCGCCGAGGAGGCUCUGAAGGAGGAGCAGGCCAGGAGCUCGCAGCUCCAGGUCCGUCUGGACGAGGAGAAGGAGGAGGUGUGCCGUCUGAGCCAGGAGAACAGAACCUACACCCGGCUGGCUGACCAGCUCUCCACCCAGAUCGUAGAGAUGGAGGAGGAGAUCUCCACGCUCAGAGAUCACCUCCGAGCGCUCAGCUCUCAGCUCAACGGCACCGCCGACCUGGUUCUGGACCUCCGCAGGCAGCUCAACGCCAAAACCAGCACAGUGGAUCAGCUCCGGGCCGAGGUCGCCACCGCCACCACCCGGGUACGGCAAGCCGAGACGUUCUCCAACAAACUUCACGGUAACGUUCAGCAGCUCAACAACCGGCUGGAAGUGACGGACCGCGAGCUGGACCGGGCCCGACAGGAAGUCCUCCAGCUGCAGCGGGCCCUGCUGGACUCCCAGAACCAGCAGAGGACGGCGGAGGAGGACUUUGAGCAGGAGAAGACGGGCAUGACGCAGAAGCUGAUGGAGCUGGAGAAGCUGGUUCUGGCUCUGGAGGAGGUGAUGGACCCGGCCAGUCCACACAGGACUCAGCUGGAGGAGGUCCGGUCGGAGAACGGAGCUCUUCAGGAGCGCCUGAGUGUCCUGCAGCAGGAGGUCCAGAACCUGGAGGACAACGUCUCCAAGAAGAGGAGGAAGCUGGAGGAGGUGGAGAGGGAGCGAGAGAGGAGCAGAGGAGAAGAGGAGCGGCUUCACAAGGAGAACUCCAGGUACCGUGAGGAGGUUCUUGAUCUGAGCAGCAGGAACCUUCAGCUCAGCAACGACAACGCCGAGCUGAGCGCCCGUCUCCGUGGAGACCAGGAGUCGGUCCGGAUGCUGCGAGAGCGCCUGGAGACGGUCUCCAAGGAGCAGGAGGAGGAGGGAGCUUCGGUGCGGCGGCUGCAGGACGCGGCGAUGCAGCACGAGAGGGAGAAGCUGCAGCAGCAGGCGGCGUGGACGCAGGAGAAGCAGCUGAUGGAGCGAGAGCUCAGCUCAUACAAGGAGAAGCUGGGGCGCCUGUCGGAGCUGGAGGCGGAGCUCAGCACCGUGACGCUGAAGCUUCAGUGGUUGGAGGACGACAAGAGCAAACUGCUGCGGGACGCUGACGACCGGAACAACAAGGUGGAGAAGCUGCAGCAGGUGCUGCUCGCCGCCGAGGCCCAGGCCGAGCUGCUCCGCUCGCAGCUCCACGCCGUCAAUCAGGACAAACGCAGCCACGCCCAGGAAGUGAGCGACACGCACAGGAAGCUGCACGACGCUCAGAACAAGGUGGAGGCGUUGGAGUCCAGCAUCAGGAAGCUGACGAGGGAGAAGGAGGAGCUCCAUCAGGCUCUGGAGGAGCAGGAGGAGCAGACCUCCAUCAGUCUGCAGGAGGAGACCCACAAACUGAGAGUCCAGAACCAGGAGCUCCUACAUAAGCUGACGGAGCUGCAGGUCCAGAACGUGGAGGUCCAGAAGCUGACCCAGGAGCAGCAGAACCUGCAGACCAAGCUGCACGAGCUGGAGACGGAGCGGGCUCAGGCUCAGAACCAGGCGGUGCGGGCUGACACGGCGCUCGGCCUGGCCCAGGCGCAGCACCUGAGGAGGCUGCAGGAGCUGCAGGAGCGCGCGGGCGACGGCUGCAGGGAGCAGCUGGAGCAGCUGCAGGCCCGGCUGCAGGAGGAGCUCAGGAGGAGUCAGCAGCUGGAGGAGGCGCUGAGGCUGCAGGCCCAGCAGAGCAGCUCCCAGGUCAGCACGAAGCAGGAUCAGUACGAGAAGGCGCUGUCGGGCCUGCAGCAGAAGACGCAGGAGCUGGAGACCAAACUGAAGGGAGCCCGGCUGGUUCUGCAGGAGAAGGUCCAGCAGCUCAAAGAGCAGCUGGCGAAGAACGCGGCGUCGAGCGCGCUGCUGAAGGAUCUGUACGUGGAGAACGGCGAGCUGAUGAAGGCGCUGCAGGUCACCGAGCAGCGGCAGAAGAACGCUGAGAAGAAGAACUUCCUGCUGGAGGCCAAAGUCAGCGCGCUGCACCGCCUGCUGAGGGAAGUCGUCCCCGCUGCGCUCGCCACGUAGCAACAUGCUGCCUCCCUAUUGGCUCACCUGUGUUCAUGAAUGAUUCACUCUGAUCAGCCAAUCAGAGCAGACGUAGUUUAUUUGAACCUAUCAGAGUUUGUUUGAUCUGUGUCAGACCUUUAUUUUGAAAGAACCAGCAGAGACUGACAGGUAAAGGUGUGUCAGUGUGUGGGCGGGGCCUGUUUUACAUGAGUCAUCACCUGUACAACCAUCCUGAAGCUCACACACACACACACAGCCAUGAGGGUAUUAUUAUGUUUUAUAUAUUUUUUUAUGUCAAAGCCAGACUUUUAUUUUGAAGGUCAAGUUUGUCUGUUGUCUUUGUCGUGCUCAUCCAAUCAGCAGUCGGCUUCCUGUUCAGGUACAACCAAGCAGACAGACUGUCUGAAUGUAAACAUGACAUCACAUUAAAUUAUGUUUUUAUCA